AGAGAGAAUAAAGGGGGCAGGGGCGGGGGUGGUAUAAUAAUAAUAAUAAUAAUAAUAAUAGUCAGUGAAAUAUAUAUCCAGAUAUAUAUGGCGGGUCUACAGCGGUCGAGCGAGACGUUUCGGAGGUCGGGAUCGUCGGGGCUGGUGUGGGAGGACCGAUUCCUGCCGGGGGAGGCGGAUUCGGGCGGCGGCGGCGGCAACAACGACAACAACAACAACAAGGGGGCCCGUGGUCAGGAGGAGCGGGCGGCGUCGUCCUCGGCGUCCGUGGAGCGCACCCGAUCCAACGGCGGCUAUCGGACGGGUCGGGUGUCUCCGGCUCUGGACCCGCCCUCCCCCAAGGUCUCCGUCUGCGGCUUCUGCACCUUCUUCGGGAAGCCCCGCCCCAACUCCGACGCCAACAGCCGCCGCCGCCGCCGCCGCUAGCUGCUCUCUCUUCAGUGAUUUUGGGCUCGAUUCCUCCACCUCCCCCCUCCCACCUUUUUUUCCUUUUUCUUUUCUUUUUUUUUCUUUUUUUUGAGAAAAUUUUCCUUUUCCUUUUCCUUUUCCUUUUUUUUUUUUUUUUUUUUUUUUUUUUUUUUUUUUUGCUUUUUUAGUUUUAUUUUCCCUUCGAUCUGCUAUAUAAUAUAAUAUAAUAUAAUAUAAUAUAUAGAUUUCGUAGUUUAGUUUGUAUAAGAUUAUAAACAUCAUUGGUGUUCCCAGCUGACAAACUUCUGAAUAUAUCAUGUCCGCUUUCUGGCUCACCGUUCCAUUUCUUCUGUGGGUAUUAUUGAGGCGGCGCCUGCUGAAUUCUACAGCAGAAAAUUAAGAGAAAGGAGUGGGAGGGAAGGAAAAAACAAAGAAAUUCCUGGAAUUCGACAGGCGAGGAAGAGUUUGCAGACAGCAGGCACGCGAAAAGAAGAACAUUCCAAUGCCAUCCUCUUUUACUGUUUAAUAACCUCGUUUCGUUUCUCUGCCUUCUCUCUCAAUUUGUUGAAGACAAAUUGUGUUUUGUGAAAAAGUAUUAAGGCCAUGUUUGUAUCCUAUGCGGGUGAAUAUAUUGUGCAUCGCCAGUUUAUUAUCCUUGUGAAAAUUUCUCAGAUUUCUAAAAAUUUCCGAACCGUAAAAGGUUACAGUGGAUAUAAGUUACUGGAAAAGCUGUAGUUUAUAAUGACCCCAGCAUCUCUUUUUUUCUCCCUUGUUUCAGAAGUAGUCGACCAGCAGGCAACUAUGAUCGACGACUUGGGCCAGCCGUCUGAAGGCGGGAUUCGCAAGAUACAAGUGGGAUACAGACUACUACAAAUAGCGACUAAUUUAGAUUGCCUUGUUUUCUUGUUUGAGCAGAAAUCGACCGGGCAUACAAAGUGAAAUAAUUGGUCGCACCGGAGAAGAUUUUGUCCUUGUUUAACCACCGCCCUAUCUGCCACGGAAGAAAAUAUCCCGCAAUGUCACUUCGUUGCCCUGUCUGUGAGCAAUGUCACUUCCUCGCGCGCUGUGUCUUGAACAGUCGGCCGCCUAUUCUUAAGAGGAUGAAUGCCGGGACCACAACUCAUUUUAGAUUGUAGGUUUUAUAAUUCUUUUAAUUUAAAAAUUACAAUUUCACUA